AUGGAGGAAAGAUAAACCCAUUUCAGAGCUUCCAGCGAAGAACAUAUUAAGUUAAGAGAGAUGGGUGAAGUUGAUCCAGCUUUUGUCCAAGCUAUCGAGCACCGGCCUAAGGUCAUCACCGGGUUGGAAGCCGGAGGGAUUCCACUGAUCGAUCUCUCCCUCAUAAGCUCUCAAUCUUUGGAGGAUUACUUCAAAGACCAUUCACAGGCCAUAUCUGGUGUGGUGGAGCAGAUAGGGGGUGCAUGUAAGGAUUGGGGGUUCUUCCAAGUGAUCAACCAUGGUGUGUCUUCCGAUGUGCGAAAGAGGGUAGAGAAAGUGGCAAAGGUGUUCUUCGAUUUGCCUCUGGAAGAGAAGCGUAAGGUUAGGAGAGACGAGGUGAAUCCAUUGGGUUAUUACGAUACAGAACACACCAAGAAUGUGAGGGAUUGGAAGGAGGUCUUCGACUUCACUGUUCUUGAUCCUACUGUGAUUCCCCUUUCACCUGAGCCCGACGAUCAGCGAGUGCGAGAGAUGAACAACCAGUGGCCUAAUUAUCCUCCUGAUUUAAGGGACGUCUUUGAGGAAUAUUGUCGAGCAGUUGAGAAGCUAGCGUUUAAACUAUUGGAACUUAUCUCAUUGAGCUUAGGGUUGCCUCCAAAACGGUUUAAUGACUUCUUCAAAGACCAUACCAGUUUUAUCCGUCUCAAUCACUACCCACCUUGCCCUUCACCUCAUCUCGCUCUCGGCGUUGGCCGGCACAAGGAUGGGGGUGCUCUGACCGUCCUUACACAAGACGAUGUAGGGGGUCUGGAAGUGAAGCGCAAGACGGAUGGCGAGUGGAUCAGGGUGAAGCCCAUACCUGAUUCUUACAUCAUCAAUGUCGGAGACAUUAUUCAGGUCUGGAGCAACGACAGAUAUGAGAGCGUGGAGCAUAGGGUAGUGGUGAAUUCGGAGAGGGAGAGGUUCUCCAUCCCAUUCUUCUUCAACCCUUCACAUUAUGUGAUGGUAAAGCCUUUGGAGGAAUUGGUGGAUAAGGAGAAACAACCAGCCAAGUAUAAGGAAUAUAACUGGGGAAAGUUCUUCACUACAAGGAAGCUUAGCAAUUUCAAGAAGCUUGGUGUGGAAAACCUCCAGAUUUCUCACUUCAAGAUAUCUGAAUGAUUAGGAGAUCCAUCAAACCAUCUGAUGUGAAUUA